CGGUAGGCGCGGGGCCGGGAGCUGCUGCGGCGGGCGGGAUGGGCUCACGCCGCUGUCUCCGCUGAGGCGCGCUCCCGUGGGCGCCCGGCCGGCUUGCGGUGCCGCGCCGAGCAUGAAGGGCGGCCCGGCCGGCGCCACCAUGCAGGAGACCUUCGGCUGCGUCGUUGCCAACCGCUUUCACCAGCUGCUGGACGACGAGUCGGAUCCGUUCGACGUCCUGCGCGAGGCCGAGCGCCGGCGCCAGCUGCAGCUGCCGCGCAGGAAGCGCGACGAGGCGGGAGCCGCGGCCCCGGGGCCCAAGCCCGGCGCAGGCGGCCGCAAGGGGUCCCGCAAGGAGCGCAAGGGUCCCGCGAGCCCCGGGGGGGCCCUGCCACCGCCACCGCCACAGCAGGCAGGCCAGGGACGCACUCCUAGAAGAGAGGAGGUACAAGGAUGGAACGACAGCCGGGGGACAGACAUUACACUGGACAAAACAGAGCGGCGAUCCUACAGGGAAUAUCGACCCUAUGAGACGGAGCGGCAGGCAGACUUCACAGCCGAGAAGUACACCGAUGAAAAGCCGGUUGAUAGGUUUGAUCGAGACCGAGCGCCCAGAGGCCGUGGAGGCCCAAGAGGGGGCCUUCGAGGCCGAGGCCGAGGUGGGCCCGGAAACAGAGCUUUCGACACUUUUGACCCAAGAGGGAAGCGAGAUUUUGAAAGAUACAGUGGGAAUGAUAAAAUGGCAUUCAGACCUGAAGACAGCACGGGUGGGUGUGGAGUUCGCACCUGGGGGUCGGGAAAAGACGCUAGCGACUCAGAGCUGACUGGCCUGAUGGACGAGAUCCCGGCGAUGGAGGAGGCCCAGGGCGCCCUGGAGGAGGACUCUCCAGCCAAAGUUCCUGAGUUGGAGGUAGAAGAGGAAACUCAAGUUUAUGAGAUGACCUUGGACGAAUGGAAAAAUCUUCAAGAACAGACCAGACCAAAACCUGAGUUUAACAUCCGGAAACCAGAAUCUACUGUUCCUUCCAAAGCGGUGGUGAUUCACAAGUCAAAAUAUAGAGAUGAUAUAGUGAAGGAUGACUAUGAGGAGGAUGCCCAUGUUUUCCGGAAAGCUGCCAAUGACAUCACAUCCCAGCUGGAGAUUAACUUUGGGAACCUCCCUCGUCCUGGCCGUGGAGGCAGAGGCGGUGCCCGGGGCGGCCGGGGGCGGAUCCGGCGGGCGGAGAACUACACACCCAGACUGGAAGUGGUGACACAAGACAUUGCCCCCAACCCGGAUGACCCCGAAGACUUCCCUGCUCUGGCAUGAAUGGGGCCGCGCCAGCGGCCCCCACCUACGAGGAGACCCUGAGAACAAUAGAUGUUGCUUCCCAGUGUCGUGUGGAGUUGCUGCCCUCUUUUGGUCCGGGGGUGUGGGAUGCAGAGGCUUUGCACCCUCUGCCCCCAACAGGGGUUUCUGUCAGGCACUUUCCAAGCAGGUGAGGAAUGGUGACCAUUUUUUUUUAUUUAAGGAAUUAAUUCCAAAUGAAGGUCAGGAAUAAUGUUAAAAGUGUACAUAGAGAUUGUAUCAAACCCUCCACCAAUGCACAGAGAGUAGAGUAAGCUGUAAAAUAUAAUCUCUUGAGACUACUUAGUAAAUUGUAUAGUUCCCAGAAGCUGUAUAGAUUCCCCUCUUAUAUCACAGGAAAUAACAAAGAAUUGUAACUAUUCAUUUAGAGCAGUCACCGCAGUUUCAAAGAGUGUUUACUUGUAAAUGUCACACCCUCCUGAAAUUUCCUGAGUUCUCAUUUUUAUUUAACCACUAAUUCCAAACAGCUGUUGUACAGCCAGUGGUCACCACUCUGUGACAAAGGAAAUGUAUUGAUUUUUUUAAUGGUGAUAUAAACUACCUCGUGGUUUGUGUGUGUGUCUGUACACACUCAGUACAUACAGUACGUAUAUAUGUGCAUAAUUAGCAUUUGGGUGGUUUUUAGGACAAGUAUGACGUAUAUGAUUUUUUAAAUCCUUGUAUUUAACUCACCAAGUGAAAAGUUUCCCAGCCAAGGCUCGCGGCAUACCCUUUCCUCAGAACAGGAGCGCGCCUCAGCCUCGCGCAGGACCUGGCGGCCUGACCCCUGCUCUGCUGUGUGCCUGGCUCCUGCGUGGGCCGCGCGCGGCUCCAGUGCUCCUCACUGCAGUCCCAGCCUGAUGUGGGGCCGGAGCCCAGGGCCCAGCUGGCCCGCUCAGAGCGCACAGGUGCUGCAGAGCCAGGCAGAGGCAGCAGUGACUCGGCAGGAGUGCCGACAGGCGGCCCGUGGCUCUGGCCUGUCGGCCUGUGGUGGCGCCGAAGCCCCGUGCGAGGCUCUGCUCCUCAUGCUCCGCUGUGCUCACAUGGCUCUGAACUGGGGCCCAGGUACAAACAAAGGCUGGAAUUCCCUCCAAACUGUGCAUAGAAAACUCAGCCCCUGCGGCCACACCGAGCCACGGUGGAAAGCUGAACCCCUCAAUGUGUGACAGUCAAGGCUGUUGGGUGGCAGUGGCUUUGGGUCUCAUUAUUAAAUGACUUAUCUGAGUA